CUUUCGACACUUCAACAACAAAAAUUUUAAAAAAGAAGAAAAAAAAAAGUUUGUCACUUUCCAUUCGAAUAAUUACCCUACAAAGUCCCCAAAUCAUAUUUCUAAAUUCUAAUUCCAUUUUCCCCUCCAGAUUCCCGAGAAAGUGAGAGAAAAUUCAAACCCAAAAGAAAAAGAAUUCCAGAACCAGACCCACAUCUUCCUUUUCCCCAACUCAAUACUUACCAUUUGGCGUAACAGAAAAAUUCUCCCCCUUCAUUUUUCUGCUGUCCGCCAUUGUUGAUCUUCUCGAAGCUUGGGUUUUCCAGAUUGCUGCUGCCGGUCGGCGGAGGAGAUGGAUUUGAGCCGGAGGAGGGCGGCGGCGAGGGGCAGCGUGGUGGCGGGCUCUGUGUGGGAGAGCAGGAUCAGAUUCGAUGAAGUCAGAGGUGGCAUUAGGGUUUUUAACGGAGACGAUGGAAAUGGCGAAUGUGGGGUUCCGGCCGCCGUUCCCGGCGGAGUCGGUGGCGGCGCGAGGAGGAAGACGUGGAAAUCGGAGGAGGGUUUUAAUUCGAUCCUCAUCGCUGAGGAAAAACCCGAUGAGUCGCCGAGUAGCGGCGAUGAACAGAAUCGGAAAAGCCCGAUUCUGGCGAGGAAAUUGAGAUCCAACGGCAGCCCCCCAAUCAAACCGAUUCAAGUCUCCGGCGAGAGAACAGAGAAGAACUCAGCGAGGAAGAAGACCGAUCAAACUCGCAAAUCUGCCGGUGGUACGAGACCGGCAAACGGAAUCGGGAAAAACUCGCCGGAGAAAAACUUCGAGGAGUUUAAUGAAUGCAAAGAGAAGCUCAUUUCUUCAGCUCCCCAACUUUUCUUCGACGCCCAUGAAAAAGAAGAAGAAGCAGAGAUUGAGAAAAAAAGCUUCGAUGUUAAGGAAAUAAAUUUACCAGAGCGCAAGAAAAUCGCGGCAGAAACUUUCCCGGGAAACAAACAGAAACUGCAGACAUUAAUGGAUUUAAUAAUGUGGAGAGAUUUCUCAAGAUCCGCGCUGGUUUUUGGGGCGGGGAAUUUCAUUAUAAUCCUCUCGUUUUUCAUCAAGGACAUCAAUAUCAGCUUUAUCAGUGUGAUUUCCCAUCUGGGUCUUCUUUUUCUCGCUGCCAUCUUCCUCCACAGGUCGAUUUUUGGCAGGAGAAAAGAAAUUGGUGGGGUUGAUGAAAAUUACGUGGUUGGAGAAGAAGAAAUGAUUCGAUUUGCCAAACGAUUAGUUCCUUGCGUGAAUGAGUUGCUACAAAAUCUUAAGGCUCUGUUCCGUGGAGAUCCUUCUGCAACCAUGAAGUUGGCGGUAUUGCUGUUUGUGUUAGCGAAGUGGGGCAAAUUCAUCACUCUUUGGAAUGUUGUCAAAUGCGGAUUCUUCGCGCUUUUCACACUGCCUAAAUUAAUUACCCACGGUGAUCAUUGGAUGAAAUUUCUUUGGAGUUCUUGGAAGAUAUGUUCCCACAAGAAGGGAAUGGCCAUUGCCAUCUUCUUUAUAACAUGGAAUUUCUCUUCAAUUCUAUAUCGAAUUUGGGCAGCUUUCAUAGUGUUUGUGAGCUUUCGGUACUACCAAGAGUCUUCAGAAAGAGAUGGUUGGGUUAAAAAUGUGGAAGCAGCUCGAAGUAACGACACCAUUUCGGUAAGUUCAAAGCUCAAGAGACAAUAUUGAUCAAUUUUGAGGCUCUUUUUCUCUGUUCUUUAUAGCUAGGUCGAAAUUUCCAUGUAAAUGAAUGUGUUAUGUUAGAAAGCCAUCAUGUAUCUUACGAAGGAGAAAAAAAAAUGGAGAAAUGGUUAUUUUCUAAAAAAUCAACUAAUAAUUCUUCGAAAUGUAAAAGCGAGAAAAUAGUAAUUAGAGAGAGACAACCCACAUAAUACCUCUAACAAAUUAAGGUUUGAAUC